UUACACAUAUUCGCAACCAAUUUAAGUCACUGUUUGCUCAAUAGAACGAGUAGACCAGAAGAAACACGAAUGUGUGUGUCACAGUGCUUCUCACGGAAGAUACUCAUCAGUGUUUUGUUUUUGUUUUCAUGUAUAAUGUGUUUGCUGGUGAUAAUUCGUGAUGGCUCGACUUUGAAGGAUAAGAGAAGGUUCCCAGAUGACUUCCUCUUCGGUACUGCUACUGCUGCUUACCAGAUUGAAGGAGCUUGGAAUGAAGACGGAAAAGGCGAAAACAUUUGGGAUUACAUGACACACACCCACCCAAAUGUUAUCAAAGACAAGAGCAAUGGCGACAUCGCUGCCAACUCCUAUCACAACUACAAGCUUGAUGUCGAGAUGAUGAGGGAACUAGGCUUGGACGCCUACAGAUUCUCAAUCUCCUGGGCCCGUAUCCUGCCUACAGGCAUGGACAACGAAGUCAACCCAGCAGGCAUUAAGUUCUACAACAACUACAUCAAUGAAAUGCUAAAGUAUAAUAUCACACCGAUCGUGACUUUAUACCAUUGGGAUCUUCCUCAAAAGCUACAGGAACUAGGAGGAUUCACCAACGCUUUAAUCAGCGAGUGGUUCGAAGACUACGCAAGGGUUGUGUUCGAGAAUUUCGGAGACAGGGUUAAAAUCUUCAUCACAUUCAACGAGCCAAGAGAAGUUUGUUUUGAAGGCUAUGGGUCCAAUACAAAGGCUCCUAUCCUGAACUCUACAGCUGUAGCAACUUACUUAUGUGCUAAGAACUUGGUGAUGGCUCAUGCUAGAGCCUACCAUUUGUACGACAAGGAGUUCAGGGCAAAGCAAGGAGGACAGUGUGGUAUCACUAUUAGUGUGAACUGGUUUGGUCCGGCUACUGAUUCUGAGGAGGAUAAGCUGGCUGCGGAAAUCAUGAGACAAGGGGAGUGGGGUCUAUAUGCCCAUCCCAUCUUCUCAUCUGAAGGGGGUUUCCCUGCAGAGCUGGCACAGAAAAUUGCUGUCAAAAGUGCCAAGCAGGGCUACCGUCGCUCCCGCCUCCCUGAGUUCUCUGAAGAAGAGAAGGCUUUCGUCAGAGGAGCUUCAGAUUUCUUUGGAGUGAACCAUUAUACAACCUACCUGGUUUCCGCAACUCAGCACAAGUGGGUAAAUCCUGUGCCUUCUCUGUUAGACGAUAUGGAUGUCGGCUCGUAUAUGCUUGACAGUUGGCCUAAGUCAGCUUCAUUUUGGUUAAGGAUGGCCCCAAACAGUCUUUACAACUCCUUAACCCAUCUCAAAGCCAAAUACAACAGUCCAGUAUUCUAUGUCACCGAGAACGGUUGGUCUACCUACCCUGAUGCAGGACUGGUUGAUGAUGACAGGAUCACCUACUACAGAGCUGCCUUGGAAAAUGUGUUAGAAGCCAUGGAAGAUGGAGUGAACGUCAAGGGGUAUAUGGCUUGGAGUCUCAUGGAUAAUUACGAAUGGAUGCAGGGUUAUACAGAACGCUUCGGGCUUUACCACGUGGACUUCUCGGACCCUAUGCGUACGCGCAAGCCGCGCAAGUCAGCGUUCGUGUACAAGCACAUCGUCGAGCAUCGCUACGUAGACUACGAGUACCAGCCCGAGUCCAUGACCAUGACCAUCGAUGACGGAUUGUCCGUCAUUAUUAUAUCUGAAAUGAGGCUGCUGGUGAUCUUAAGUUUGGCGGUGGUAGCCUGCCAUGGCUUAACCCUGAAGCAUCAGAGAAGGUUCCCAGAUGACUUUCUCUUCGGUACCGCUACUGCUGCUUACCAGAUCGAAGGUGCUUGGAAUGAAGAUGGCAAAGGAGAGAAUAUCUGGGACUACUUGACCCACAACAACCCGACUGUCAUUAAAAACCAGGACAACGGUGACAUCGCUGCUGAUUCCUAUCACAACUACAAGCGUGAUGUCGAGAUGAUGAGGGAACUAGGCUUGGACGCCUACAGAUUCUCACUUUCCUGGUCCAGAAUCCUCCCUACAGGACUUGCUAACCCAGUCAAUCCAGCAGGCAUUGAGUACUACAACAACCUCAUCAACGAAAUGGUGAAAUACAACAUCACUCCUAUGAUUACUCUAUACCAUUGGGAUCUGCCCCAAAAGCUGCAGGAACUUGGAGGUUUCUCAAGCCCUCUCAUGGGCGAAUGGUUUGAGGACUACGCAAGGGUUGUGUUCGAGAAUUUCGGAGACAGGGUCAAGAUGUUCAUCACCUUCAACGAGCCUAGAGAAAUCUGUUACGAAGGAUAUGGAUCCAACACUAAAGCUCCCAUUUUAAAUGCCACUGGUGUUGGUACCUACUUGUGUGCCAAGAACCUGCUGAUUGCUCAUGCUAGAGCCUACCAUUUGUACGACAAGGAGUUCAGGGCUACGCAAGGAGGACAGUGCGGCAUCACUAUUAGUGUGAACUGGUUUACUCCAGCCACUGAAAGUGCUGAAGAUGAAAUUGCUGCUGAACUUAUGAGGCAGGGAGAGUUCGGAAUAUACGUUCACCCCAUCUUCUCAACUGAAGGAGGUUUCCCUAAAGAGCUGUCAGACAGAAUUGCAGAAAAGAGCGCCCAGCAAGGCUUCCCCCGCUCUCGUCUGCCCGAGUUCACUGAAGAAGAAAAGGCUUUCGUCAGAGGGACUUUCGACUUCUUUGGCGUGAACCAUUACACUGGCCACCUGGUGUCAGCGACAGAAAAUAAAGAGAUACACCCUGUGCCUUCUCUGUUGGAUGAUGUGGAUGCUGGCCAAUUCUACGCUGAUGACUGGCCGGCUUCAGCUUCUGCUUGGCUGGUGCUUGCACCAGACAGCAUCUUCCAGGCUCUUUCCUACCUCGACAAAAAAUACAAUAAGCCAGUCUUCUACAUCACUGAAAAUGGUUGGUCUAUGUAUGAAGACAGAGAUCUGAUUGAUGAUGAUAGGAUCACGUACUACAGAGCUUCCAUGGAGAGUCUUCUCAACUGCCUCGAUAGUGGGAUUAACGUGAAAGGUUAUAUGGCGUGGAGUCUCAUGGAUAACUUUGAAUGGAAUCAGGGUUACAACGAGCGUUUCGGCUUAUACCGAGUAGAUUUCUCUGACCCGGCGCGCACGCGCACUCCACGAAAGUCAGCAUUCGUGUACAAGCACAUCGUCAAGCAUCGCUACGUAGACUACGAGUACCAGCCCGAGUCCAUGACCAUGACCAUCGAUACAGGACACUGAGUCUAAUAUUUAUUUAUGAAUAAAAUAUAUUGGUCCCA